GUACUUGAUUUUCUAGGAACCAUCAGACCACCCAAUCACGCACCACACGUGAACAAAAGUGGUAGCAUGUCGGUUGCCUUCCUCACAUCAAGUCAUGUGAGCUGGUUCGAUAUUUUUCUACGGGCCAUCAAAAACACAUUCUUAAGGGGCAACACAUACCUAUUCCUUAUUUGAUCAGUUGGCUCUUCUUGUCCUCCCAGACACUGUCGCUAUGGCAUCUAUCGACACGGCAAUGACAGAGGACGCGGUACAGGUAAAGAUAUGGGACCUUCGACCUGGAACGUGCCCGUGUCGAAUAAUCCAUCUUCCGGACUCUAUACAAUCCGACUCGCUCUUCAUAAGUGUAGCAUUUUCGCCCAAUGGUGAGACACUUGCGUUCGGAAAAGCAGACGGAUCUAUUCAUCGAAUACACACGGACUUUAGCAAGUGGGAAAAAGUAUUCUCCCAGGACGACAGUGGAUCUUCACAAGACAAGGAGGCCUAUUUCCAGGAGGAGAAGACGCGGAGCCAUGUCCCAAGUCUGGAAGAUCUGUUCAAUCAAGAUAACUUGCGACGUGAUUAUGCCAAUACGUCCCUGUCUGCGCUGUAUUCUCCUUUUCAUCCAUCAUUUUUUCAAUAUGGAGAGACUCCUCUUCUGGCCAGCAACCUUGCCAGCAGUUCUUCCACUCUCAAACGAGAAAGUUGAAGCAGAAUGAAAUAUUGAGAUGACACAAUGUGGAGAUGUUUUUUUAACAUGUGCCGUUGUCAUCAAGAGUUGGAAAAAGAAGGUUUCUGAACAGCCCUUGUCAAGUCGAUAAUACUCGUAACGAUUUCUAUUGCGAACCCGCGUUCCUUCCUUCUCGAUAUUGGAAAUCUUUGCUCCAAAGGAGUUGAGAAACAAAAACCAAUACUGUUACCUGGUCAGCACCAUCCUAUUUACUGUCACCGCC